AUGAAUAGCUUAGAUAUUCAAAAAAAAGAUUCAUUUUCUUAAAAAAUAAAAAAGCUAACUAAUUUCAGGGAAAUUUAUAAAGAAUUUGAAAAUAAGUAUUUGACAACUUUCAAUAAAACAACUCAAUUUAAAACUGAAGAAUUAACUAAAAAGGGACCAUUAGGAGGUCUUCUUGGAGGUCAAUUAGAAGGCGGAAAAUAAAAACAAUAGAAUUCAAAUGCAAUUCAUAAUAAAUAAGAGAUGAAAUGGUAUGAAUGA